GUCCUUGUUGAUAAGAGAUAAAUCAUAUGACGAAUAAAUGUAUUAUAAUUUUGUAAUUAUUUUGUUAUUACAUUAUUUACAUUUGUUGUUUACGCCAACCGUGGCCGUGUUCGAGCAUAUUAUGAUUAUUAAUGAAAUAUUAAGUAUUGUACAAAGAAAUAAUAUAUUCAAAGUCCUAUGUUAAUAAUUUUCAAGGUAGUUACCUAAUUUGACUAAUUGCUAACUAGUUGACGAGAUAUAUAUAUUAUUUUCGAUGUUUAUGUCAGAAAUACCUAAUCAGUCUAAGAACAUUUACUCAGUUGUUUUCACAGAUUGACUUCGGUAUCUGACCUUUACCUUCCUAGAGUUCUCUGGCCAGUCUAAUUCCAUAUUUGCAUUUAUCAAAACUACCAAGUUACCAAAACUAUCAAAUUAUCAAAACUUACUAAUAUUAUAAAAUAUAGAAACAUUUAAUUGAACGUUUAACGAAAAAUUACAAUGGUAAGUUUUGAAAUAAUAUAGGUAUUAACUUAUUUAUAAUUGUUAUUUUUCUUAGUUUAUUUACUAAUUUUUGUAGUAAAGUCACACCCAGAUAUCCUUGAUAUCAACACUAUGUAUGUGUCGCAUCCACGUAGUGAAAUCACUCAUUUCAUGAACUGGGUAUCCAAAUAGUGAAAUUAUCCAGAUCGUGAAUUUGGAUGAAAAUACAUCAUGUGGACAUCCAUUUCAUGAAAUGGACAAUACCUAUACCUUUUGUGUAAUUAUUAUAAAACAAAAUUUGUUAUGUUAUUUACCAAUAAAUAAUUAUAUUAUAUAAUUGUUAACUAUACAUUUCUAUAUUGUUUUAUUAACAAAAUAAUUGAUUGAUUUGAACAAUAAUUAAUAAACUAUACCUAUAUAUUUUUCUUCCUUGUUAUUUAUUUUUACAUGACAAUUAAUUAUGACAGACUAUUACGUAACAUAUUAUUUUUAAAAUAAGCACACCUACUACAAAAUUAAAUUUGAUAUCUCUCUCAUAUAAUAUAGAUCACGGGUAAAACAUUAUUAUCUGUAUUGCUAUUGAAAAGUAUGGUUUGUGUUAAGUGUACUUGUUUUAAAAAUAAUAAUGUAUGUUAUGUAACAGUCAAUAUCGUAAUCAAUUGUUAUGUAAAAAUAAAUAAUAAGGAAGAAAAAUAUAUAGGUAUAGUUUAUUCAUUAUUGUUUAAAUCAAUUAACUAAUUAUUUUGUUAAUUUAACAAUAUAAGAAAUAUAGGUAUAGUUCAUUUCAUGAUUAUUUCAUGAUACUUAUAGGAAACACUAUCAUCUGUGAAAUACAAUAUAUGUAUGAUUUAUAUAAUUGUCCAUUUCAUAAAAUAUAGAAAAGUAUAGUUUACUAUGAUAUAAUAUAAUUAUUUAUUGCUAAAUAACAUAAAAAACGUUGUUUUAUAAUAAUUACACAAAGUACAUAAUAGGUAUAGGUAUUGUCCUGUUCAUGAAAUGAGUGAUUUCAUUAUGUGGAUGCGACAUAUAUAUAUACAAUAUUUUGCCCCUAGAUUCAUUUGAAUGGUCUUUAAGUAUGUUCAAAACUAAAAAAAACACUACUCUCACACACAACAUUAUGGUAAAAUUCAUAUUAAAGUUUAACUCCAUUUUUAUCACCUCAAUUUGCUUAUAAAACAACUUCAAUUUCUGAGUUAAUUUGGUACAGAGAGAGACACUGCAAAUAUUAAAAAGUUCCAAGAAAAAAACAUCUAUAAGUUAACCUAACCUAUACUUAAUCUUAUUGUAUAAGACAUAAUAUAGUGCAACAGAUUCUAUUUUAGAAGAAAAUGACAUAAAACAAAAAAAAAAUUAUAACCUUUAUAUUUGACAUAAAUUUAUUCUCAAAAUAAUAAUUAUAGUAUAAUAAAUUAAAUUUAAUAACUAUUUACUUUUUUGAAAAAAGUGUUUUAAUGUGAAGUAAUUUUAUUGACUAUUAAUUGUACCUAUAAUAUUUUGUUUUGAUUUACAGGAACAUGAAAUUAAUAUUUAUGAUUAUAAGUAUUCUAUAUCAGAUUUAGCAUUAACAAGAGAACAGCGGGAUUUUUAUGAAGUCAAUGGUUAUUUAGUGAUUCCAAAAUUGAUUCCAGAUUAUUUAUUGGACAGAUGUUGGUAAUAUUAUUUUCUAUUUUGUGAUUUCAAUAUUGUAUAACAUGUUUUCUAUUUUUGAAGUUUAUUUUACAUUAUUUUUUAGUGACCAUUUUGUCGAUUUGUGUAAUGGUAAAGCUCCACGAAAUCAAAUUACUAUGAUGAAAGAUAUUUCCCGUAUGAAAUGUAACUAUCAAGGCGAAUACUUAUAUGCUAAGGCACAAGAUAUUCUUUAUGAUGAAGAAUUUUAUGAGUACGCCAGAUACCCGAAGGUUUUUUUCUCAAUCUUAAAAUCGGUUUAUAUUGAAUCAGUGGCACCGAACUCUGGCUUAUUUUUUGGUGGUAAAUGGUUAGGUGGCGCUAGUGGUGAGAAAUGUUCAUAAUUUGAGUAUUGCUUGUAGAAAAUAUAAUUUAAUGAAGACCAGUAUAAUACAGUAUUGCCUUGUUUGCCCGAGUAUUUUUAAAUUACUUCGGUGCCACUGUAUUGAAUGAUUUGUCCCCAAUUAUCCAUUGUUUGCCAUAUUCAUGGUACCCAUUGGUUCCUACUAUACGAUUAACAGGUUAGAAAUUUAGUGUUUACUAAUAUCAUGGUUUAUAUGGUUUAAACUUAGAUGUUGGACAUCGUUGAAAGUAUUAUUGGACCGAAUGUUAUGGCUAUGCAUUCAAUGUUUAUUAACAAACAACCAGAUAUUGGCACCAAUAGCUCUCGUCAUCCAGUUCAUCAAGUAUAAACUUAUUUAAUAUUAUACUAUAGUAAUGAUUUUAUAAAAUUAUAUUAUUAAUUUUAUAUACAACUUAUGGUUAUUUUUUUUUUUUUAGGAUCUUCAUUAUUUUCCAUUUCGCCCAACUAAUUGGAUUGUUGCAGCUUGGACGGCUUGUGGUUCAGUUACAGAAAAUAAUGGUUGUCUGUAUGUGAUACCAGGAUCACAUACUAGCGAAUUGCAUUCUCAUUAUUACCCAGAACCCAAGGAUGUUGGUUAUUUACAAAUUAUUGUUCAUUAUUAAUAUUAAAUCCAUAAAAAAAAGUGAUAAAAAAUAUCAAAAAAGACUUGAAAAUGCACAUAAAAAAAAUGAAAAAUGGUAGUAUGUUUUUAAAAGCCUCCCCCCUUUAAAAUGGCUUAAAUUUUUAAAAUACAAUACAAAAAUUAUUAACACAAGUUUUUUGAAGAAACCUGUUAGUAUUAUACAAGUGAAAAUUAUGUUAGAUAACUGCAUUUAAUGGUUAGGUGGUUAGGGAUGAAAAUUUCAAACCCUGCUGGACCUUCUGUCAUUUUUACUUUUUAAAUAUUUUUUUAGAGUUCUUUUGAUGUUUUUAAACUGUUUUCUUUGGAUUUUAAAUUUAUAAAGUCCUGAGCCCUAAUUAUUAAAAAUCAAAAAUUGAAUCUUUACAAUUUUUUUAUUUAAAUACUUGCUGUUUUUUUGUUUUUAGGGAGAAAUAAAUAAAAUGUAUCAUGAAAUGAAAACAAACAAGAAUGAGAACUAUAAAAAGGUUUUUUUGGAAAUGGAAAAAGGCGAUACAGUGUUUUUUCAUCCUUUGCUAAUUCAUGGAUCUGGAAUAAAUAAAUCACAAGUAAAUUUAUUCACUAGUAUUAAUUGCACUGAAACUGUUUAUUAUAUUAAAUUGUAUUAAACAGAAUGUUUUGGUUUUUAUUAGGCAAUUAAUCUAAUAUUUAUUAGGAAUGCCUUAUCAACAAACAUAAAUUAAAUAUUAGUGAUGAUUUAGCAUCUACUAAACAAAAUGUUUUGUCUAUAUUGGUAAUAAUCAUUUAAUUCAAUAUAUUUUUAUUUCUGUAUUCAGGACUUCCGUAGGUGCAUAUCAGUUCAUUAUGCUUCAUCAGAUUGUUAUUAUAUAGACGUAGCCGGCACUAGUCAAGAAAGUAUACAAAAUGAAAUUUUGGAUAUAGCAGCCAAAAAAGGAUUGACAAAUAUUGAUUACAAAGUAUGUAUAAUGGAAUAAAAUAAAAUAGUCUUAUUAAUUUAAAUCAUUUUUAUUUUAGUUAAUCUGGAAAAAUCGUGGAAGACUGAUUCGUGGUCUCAAGGCGAAUCUGUAGAUGCACAAUUAACAGACUUGUAUUACAGUAUGGUUAUGGGUUUUAUUAAUUUUAAUGUUAAAAUGUCCAUUUCAAUUGUUGGAAGGCUAUUUGACCUAAACAACAUUUUUCUCAAAAUCCAUUUUGUCAUUAUAAUGCAUAUACAGAUAGAGCAGACUUAGUUAUCAAUAUGAUGAACACAAUUUACUUUAUUAACAUUUACGGUUUUUAGAAAGCGGAUAAACCUGAUGUUAUAAAUAUUUGUGUAUAAGCCUCCCUAAAUUGGUAAAAGCAACAUCCGAGAAAAUUUGUAAUGGCCAUUUGUUAUUAUUGUUGAUUAUGGCUAUUUAUUAAUUUCUUCUUGUUUUUUAUAAUUAUAAUAAUAAUAAUAAUAAUAAUAUUAUUAUUGGGUUUCAUUGUUUUAAAGUUGUAAGUGACUAAAAAGAUCUAAAUUAGUUUCUAUUCAUUUUGUAGUCAAAUAGUUUGGGGAAAGUGCCUUUUUUUUAUUGUUUCCAGUAUAGGUUGCAAAUGAUAAAACUUCAAAACAAUAAUUUUUUUUUUUGUUAAAUGACAGCUAUAUAGUAUUAAAUAUUUUAUAUAGUUUAACAAAGAAAUUAUAAUGAAUAUAUUUAGUACAAGUUUAAUCAUACAUAAAUAAUUUGCUUUUGGGCUCUCCUGAAGAGUUUGGUUUUUAACAUUUAUGCUAAAUAGCCUACAAAUUAAUAACCUGUAUCUUAAUUAUUGGAUGGCUAUAAUUUGUUAGAAGAUAAUUUCCUGUUCUUUCAAAGAUAUUUCUGUGUUAUGUAAUUAUAUAAUUUUUUUUUUAUAUUUAUAUAUGUAUAAAAUGUAUUUUGUGGCCAAGGAGGGGUUAUUAAUUAAAAUUGUUAUUUUAUUUUUACAUUUAUUAUUUUAUAAUAUAUUUUUAAAUAAGAACUAAAAAUGUAAUUUUUUCUUUUGUCAGGAUAGUCUUUGAGAAAAGUAAAAUAGAAUCUAUCCGAGUCUCUGACAGAUGGACAAUAAUAUAAUAUUUGGCAUUAUUAUAAAAUAAAAAAGUAUACUAUUGGUG